AUGGUCGUCGGUCUCGUCGCCAGUCUCGUGUCAACCCUCGUCCACAGCUCCAAGACCAAGUCUUCCUCCUCCGCCACCGCCAACCCAGAAGACCAGACAACAACACACCACCAGCAAGGCAGCGCCCACAGCACCCCGUGCCCGCGCGACUGCUCCAUCUGCGCCGUCGUCCCCUCGCUCGCAACCCGCUACGAGCGCAAGCAGGAGCGCAAGGACAGGCGGUGCGCGCGCCGCGUCGCCCGGCGCGGCCACUGCUGCUGCCCGGCCGGCAUCGUCGUGCAGCCCACCGCGUCGGUCGGCGGGUAUCCCACCAUGGCGUGGCAGGCGUACGGCGUGCGCCGCGUGAGCGCGCCGAGGCGGCAGGAGGCGGAGGGCCAGGAGCGCGGGUUGACGGACGGGGAUGUGCCGCCGCCUUACGAGCAGGAAGAUACCCGCCAGGCGUUGGAUGAGAAGAACGGGCGUCUGUGA